GCCGCCAGACUCUGGCGAGCCCAGCGGCGCAGGAGUCCUGCCUGCCCUGCCCUGCCCUGCCCUGCAUGCCCGGCGAGGCGCCGCGAUGUGAGACUCCCCCGCCCGAAGCCUCAGCGGGGCACACCAGCUCCGCGAGCGCAGCACCCAGCGCGCUAGGAACACUAUAAGGACUGAACACAGGAGAAGAACAUUCGUCUUGAACUCCAGUGCCCGUUUCAGCACCUGGCUCACUGCCCGUCUCACAGAGAAGAAACAGAGGCAGCUGCAGCUUCAUCUUCUCUCAGGCCCUGAGUAGGGCCUGGCCACACCCUUCUCGCCUUGCAUUGGGACCUGGGGUCUGAAAGUCCAGCAAGAACAAUGGCUGAGGCCAGUGUCUCCCCACGUCCCUCAGCAAAGGACAACAUGGCAGCCAAACAGCCUCCUCCGCUCAUGAAGAAGCACAGCCAGACGGACCUUGUGAGCCGCCUGAAGACCAGGAAGAUCCUGGGCGUGGGCGGGGAGGAUGACGAUGGCGAAGUACACCGGUCAAAGAUCAGCCAGGUCUUGGGCAAUGAGAUCAAGUUUGCUGUUCGGGAGCCUCUGGGGCUCAGGGUCUGGCAGUUUCUUUCUGCUAUGCUGUUCUCCAGUGUGGCCAUCAUGGCCCUCGCCCUCCCUGAACAGCUCUACGAUGCAGUUUUUGAUGGGGCUGAGGUCACCAGCAAGACCCCCAUCCGUCUGUACGGUGGUGCCCUCCUUAGCAUCUCCCUGAUCAUGUGGAAUGCACUCUACACAGCCGAGAAGGUCAUCAUCCGCUGGACUCUGCUUACUGAGGCCUGCUACUUUGGGGUGCAGUCCUUGGUGGUCACUGCGACAUUGGCGGAGACAGGCCUCGUGUCCCUGGGGAUCCUGCUGCUCCUGGCCAGCCGCCUUCUCUUUGUCGCUGUCAGCAUCUACUACUAUUACCAAGUUGGCCGGAAACCCAAGAAAGUGUAGCUGGCUGGGACCUGCCUGGGCCUGGACCUGGGCCAGAGUGGCUGGGGAAGUCACUGUCUGUGGGCCCCCAGGCAGGCAGGGUGCACGCAGCUUCCUUCCCUCCCAGGCACUCCCUGGAGUCAACUUAGACCUCCGGGGCUUCUAGGAGUUAUAAGUCAGGCUGGCGCACCCCACUCCUCACCCCAUACAGGGACAACUGCUUGCCCUGGCUGUCUUGACCUCUAGACUCUAAUUAGACAGUCUAGAGUGGAGCACUGGGGUCUGGGCAGAGUCAAGGUUAGUUCCUCUGCCGGGAAGCCCUUUUCUCUCCAGGAGACUGUGUCAGCCCCAGCAGCAGGUCUCAGCUUCUCUCCAUCCAGAAACCUGAAAACUGCGUGUCCCCAUAUGAGUCACACACACACUCACUCACACACAC